UCAUGACUUUGGCUCCGAGUUGCGUUUUCAAACUCCAUAAUGCGGCGUUACAUUCGUGCACUAAUGCUGUGCACGGUGUUCGCCGUGUUUUCGGGCUUGUAUGUUUACAGUAAACUGUUUGACUCGGACGGAAACGGAGCGAAGAGGAUUUUCAUCCCACCGAGAGUCCCCGGAGCCAGACGAGGGGACAAAACUGGGCCCCAAAGCCCACACUGGUACAAUAGGUACAUCAUGCGUCAGCGAGGACAGGUCGAGGCAGGUGGUGGCAGCAGACCUGAACCUCCCAUGCACUUGGCUGUGGUGGCCUGUGGUGAUAGGCUGGAGGAGACCCUCACCAUGAUCAAAUCUGCUGUGCUUCUCAGCAUCAAACGCAUCUGUCUGCACAUCUUCGCUGAAGAUCAGCUACACGCCAGCUUCAUGGAAGCUCUGGAGUCCUGGCCUGGUUUUGUUCGCUCCAGGUUCAAUUACACAGUGUACUCUAUCAGCUUCCCCAGUGAGAAUGCAGCAGAGUGGAAAAAACUCUUCAAACCCUGCGCUUCUCAGAGGCUCUUCUUACCUCUGAUUCUAAAGCACGUUGACUCAGUAGUGUACGUGGACUCAGACAUCCUCUUCCUGCAACCUGUAGACCGGCUGUGGGCAUUUCUGUCCCAGUUUAACUCCUCACAGCUGGCGGCUAUGGCCCCAGAGCACGAGGAGCCCCGCAUUGCCUGGUACAACCGCUUUGCCCGUCACCCCUUCUACGGCAAGACAGGCAUCAACUCAGGGGUCAUGCUCAUGAACAUGACAAGGAUGAGGAAAAUGUUCUUUAAGAAUGACAUGACGUCGGUGGGGCUACGUUGGGAGGAGCUGCUGAUGCCUCUACUUCAAAAAUACAAACUCAACAUAACAUGGGGAGAUCAGGAUCUUCUCAAUAUCAUUUUCCACCAUAACCCUGAGAGCUUGCUGGAGUUUCCGUGCCAGUGGAAUUAUCGUCCAGACCAUUGUAUCUAUGGCAGUAACUGUGCCUCGGCUGAGGAAGAUGGCAUCUACAUACUGCACGGAAACAGAGGGGUUUAUCACGACCACAAACAACCUGCCUUCAGAGCCGUCUAUGAGGCCAUACGAAAGUACUUAUUUGGCGCAGACCCUCUGACUUCUUUGUUGACUCCUCUUGAGGACGAACUGUUGAAGACCACACAUACUUAUUGUGGUAAAUCCCACGCGCUCUUCACCAAGAGGCUGGCACACAGCCUGGAAAACAUCAACAGGAAGGCCCCACAUGGACGAUGACAAAAAUUAAUGACAAUGCUUGAAUAGAGGCCAAAAACUGUCUCUUUUUAGCAUCAGUUUUACAGGAUUUGUCGCCAUGAGAAGGAACAGUGCUAAUUGUGGCUGGCCAUACGUGCUUGCUGUUCUUGAUCAAUAAAAAUUGAGUGCCUGACAGCUAAUCAUCAAACCCUGCUUUGAACAGUAGGAUGAUUUUUAAAUAUAUAUAUUUUUUAAAAACUCAACUGCUAUAGCUUAGUUAACAGUUUGUUACCCGACAAACUGAUUUUAGACCGAAUGCUCUCCUCUUGUAAAUUGCUCUGGAUAAGAGCGUGAUCUAAAUGAAAUGUGGGCCAGUUGGCUUUGUAGCAAAGUGCUAACUCAGCAAACAAAAACAAUUUGCUACAGGUGUACACACAGACUUUUUAAGGUUUUUUCUCUAUUCUGUCAGAGUUUUAAUAUUUUUAUAGUUAAAUGACAACUGGAGUUGUUUUUCAAACCAACAGGUUUCUCUUCCACGUUGCCGUAUUCUGGUGACUUUGGUUAUUGACUAAAGGAGAUCAGUCCUUGUGCUGUAAAGGAUCUGGAAAUGUUUGGAAGAGUAGCUCUUGACUUUCCAUAUUGGAGAAUUUAUUGAACCAUGUGAAAAACUCUUAUUAUUAAGAGACAAAACCAUAUCAAAACUGGACAAUGGGGGUUUUCUGCUGAGCCCAUUUUCCGAGAUAGAUGCACUGGACCACUUUUCCAACCUUCUGAAACCACUUGCUUAGCAACAACAUAGUCAUGCAAGUAAAAAUGACAUCUUGUAUUGUGAAUUUUCAAGAGACUGUAUAAAUGAUUUCUGCAAUACAGUAGUAGGGGCUAAGCAAGUCUGUCAGUACUGUUUUCCUGAGUACACAGGUUAAACAACUCAUAUUUUGAAUCAUAAUAAUGCUCACUCACUGAGAAAAUAUUGUUUUUAUGUCUUAUUUCGGUUUACAUUUUUGUAUUGAUGUCAGGUUUUCAGUUCACUUUUUUAUAUUUUCAGUUUGAGCCAGCAUGUUUUAUGAACAUAAUUAGAUAUUAGCUACUCCUUUUUUUUUAAAGGAUGUGUUAUGUCAAUCUAGACACACAAAUGUGCUGAAAAUCUUGUUUAGUUAGUUUUAAUGUACAGUGUAGUUGGCAUAAAUCAGUAUACACUUGUGCAAAAAAAAUGUUGUUGAACAUGAGAAUAAGCUACAAAUUCCUCUCCUGAUACCAAAGUAUUUGUUUUAUUACUGGAACUGGUUUUUGCACCUUUGAAUGUAUUUUUGACACUAGAGGAUCAAAAACAAAAUGUUAUUAUCGUCAGUUUCAUUUAUGAU